AUGCUCAUCGGGGCUGAUUAUUUUUGGAAUUUGUUGUGCGUCGGGCAAAUCAAACUUUCAAUAGGCCCUAUUGGCCCUAUCAUGCAGAAUACUCGUUUGGGGUGGAUCGCUUCGGGGCCGAUACAAGCGGGCGCGGCACAUUCGGUACGGUGCAAUUUAAUCUGUAAAGAUGACAAUUCCGUACUAAAUAAGCAGUUGGUGCGGUUUCGAGAAGUCGAGGAGAUUGAAGGGUUAGUUCACUCAUCGAAUAAUGAAACAUUUUGCGAAAAUCAUUUUUAUAAAACCACUAAACAUGCAGAAGACGGACGAUUCAUUGUUUCGACACCGCUAAAGAAAGGUUUAGAUUGGUUGGGCGAAUCGUAUAAAACCGCGGAAAAUAGUUUGAUGGGUAUCGAGCGGAAAUGCAAACGAAAUCAUGAAUUCGGUGAGCAAUAUCAUGCAUUUAUGCGAGAGUAUUUGGAGUUAGGUCAAUUGAGAAAGAUUGUUGAUACACGCGAGGGUUAUUACAUAUCACACGGCGUGUUAAAUGAAAAUAGUGCCAUCACAAGGGUCGUUUUCGAUGCAUCAUGUCCCACGUCAAUGGGAUAUUCGCUUAAUGAUUGUAAGGUAGUGGGACCUAUAUUACAGCCUGACUUGUUCAGUGCCUUAAUACGGUUUCGGAAAUACGCGUACGUAGCUACCGCGGAUAUACAAAAAAUGUACCGUGCCUGUUUAAACAAUCCUGAGCAGACGAAAUUUCAGCGCAUAUCAUUGCACGAUUCUGAUGAUUUACCUGUCGAUACAAACGAAUCGUUACCAGAAGUGAAAAAACUGUUCUCAGCGGUUGCGACGACAGAUGAUCAUAUUUUAUCCUUUUCUCGAUUUUCAUCGUUAAUCCGUUUACAGCGUGUGAUCGCGUGUGUAUUUCGAUUUGGUCACAAUUGUUAUACUAGACUCCUUCGCUGA